UCAGAUUUCCUCAUUUGUUGGCGCUGCUCUCGGUGUAACGCCAUUUUUAAAAGCAGGUCGUGAUACGUGAAACAUUUGGAACAUUUCUCUAGAAAAAGAAUGUGAAUUACAUGUGUACUUGAUUCUGGUGAGACAAUAUUUGUUCAAUAAACAAGUGUAUUUUGUAUACUCCGUUAAAAAGCAUUAUCAGUUAAAUAUCUCGUAUGUAUUAUAACUGAUACGUGAACGUUGCUCAUCGAGACUAGAAAUAAAUUCAAUUUUUGCUGGAAGAAACAUGUUUCCAGCUUACGCCUACUUGUCGGCUUAUGACAGGCAUAAAAAACUAAUAAAUGAUUAUUUCACGUUAUACGGAGGUUCGGUGUCAUCUUUAAAACGAGACACGUCCCGAGAUAAGACUGACUAUGACGUUAUUAAAGAAAACCAUAGAUUUCUGUGGGAUCAGGAUAAUGACAAACCAGAAACAUGGGGUGCUCGGUUGGCAAAGAAAUAUUACGACAAAUUGUUUAAAGAAUACUGUAUAGCUGACUUAACAUAUUACAAGCAAAAUAAGGUUGCCUUAAGAUGGAGAACAGAGAAAGAAGUUAUUGUUGGUAAAGGACAGUUUGAAUGUGGAAAUAAAAAAUGUAAAGAGAAAGAAGACCUUAAAUCAUGGGAAGUAAAUUUUGGUUACAUAGAACAUGGCCAAAAGAAAAAUGCUCUUGUAAAAUUAAGACUAUGCCCUGAAUGUUCUACAAAGUUGAAUUAUAGAUCUCAAAAACAUGAAGCAAAGAGACACAAAACAUUAAAGAGAUUAGGAACAAAUGGUGAAACACCCCGUGAUAUGCCUAGUACAUCAACAGUUGAAAUUAAAAUUGAGGAGGACGAAGGUACAAAUAAUAGUGAGAAAUUAGUUGAAACAAGGGCAGAUGAAUCUAAGAUUUGGAAAGAAAAACCAAUUGAAAAUUUGGAAAAAACAAGAGAAGAGGAAUUUGAAGAGUAUUUAGCAGAUUUGUUAAUGUAGGGAAUAAAAUUAAAUUUUCUACCAGAAUAAUAUUAGUAAUGUCAAAGAAAUCGUUUGUUAAAAAAAAAAUAUAACAAUUUCCAUAUACAACACUAGUUACGUUUAAAUAAAUUAAUAAUUACAGUUGCUGUAUCUUUAUUUUGAUUGAUGUAUAUGUUCAUAUUCUACCAGUAUAUUGCAUGAUAACAA